AUGUUGGUCAAGCAGCUGGUCUUCUUCUUCUUCAGCCUAGUCUCUCAAUUCCAAAAAUCGUCUUCCCAAAGUCUUAACUUCAUUUACAAUGGCUUCCGUCCUCCAUUAACUGACAUAUCUAUCCAAGGGAUCGCCGCCGUCACACCCAACGGUUUAUUGCAGCUAACCAACGCAACCACUAGGAAAACCGGUCACGCUUUCUAUACCAAACCAAUCCGGUUCAAAGAUUCUCCAAACGGCAACCGUCUCGUCCUUCUCCACAACCUUUGUCUUCGCCAUCAACCCUCCUCGGCUCCAGUUAUUGGCGGCUUGGGCAUGCCUUUGUCGUCGCUCCUAAGCCCAGCCUCCCUCGUAAGCGAUGCAGGUUUGGAUCGAUUACGAUGGUCUUUCGCAUCAAAUCGAUGUGACGAUGGCUCCGUUCAAGAGGAUAAACCUAGAAAACCGCUUGUUUCUACUGUCAAGGAUCUAUCUUCGGUUCUGUUGCAAGACAUGUUCGUUGGUUUCUCGUCUUCCACGGCCUUAAUUAUAUCGUCGGAUCAUUUUGUUCUUGGGUGGAGUUUCGCGGUGAAGGGAAAAGCUCCGCCGUUGGCCUUAUCGAAACUUCCGAAAAUUCCGAGGUUUGGGCCCACCAAAAUACAGAGGUUCUACAAGAACGGGAUGGUAUAUUCCCUCGUGUUGAUUCCGGUCUUGUUUAUUUCUUCUCGUAUUCCUGGUGCGAUUCAUUGUGAAGGAGAAGGAGGAGUUCGCGGAGGAGAUCGAAGAUUGGGAAACAGAGUUCGCCAAGAUUCGGUUGAAGUUCAAGGACUUGUACUACGCCACCAAAGGGUUCAAGGAGAAGGGCCUUCUCGGAUCCGGCGGGUUUGGGAGCGUUUACAAAGGUGUCAUGCCAAGACGAAGAAGAAGAUCGCCGUGAAAAGAGUCUCCAACGAAUCCCGACAAGGUUUGAAAGAGUUUGUGUCUGAGAUCGUGAGUAUUGGUCGGAUGAGUCACCGGAACUUAGUCCCUCUCUUGGGUUAUUGCCGCCGGAAAACGAGCUUCUUCUAG